CGAGGAUCAGUCGAGCGUCUGACUCUCAUUCCGACGGUUUCUCUACAUUUAUUUCAUUUUUUAAGAAUUCUUUCUGUCGAUUCUUAUUGUUACUUACCUGAAGUUCGAGGGAGACGAUGGGGAACGUCAGGCUAUCCUCGGCUGUGCUGCUUCUCAUUUGUGCGGUGGUGGUGGUGAAGGCCGGUGACAUGAUGAGAAAGAGCAUAGUAUAUGACAAGAACACCCCUGACCUGUUCUAUUGCCCCCAACACAAGCCAACGGGUUUUGAAAAGAUGAUAGUCCGAGCAAAACCACUGUCGAGACUCUGCCAGUUUGCGGGGGGACCAAUCCCCGAGGAUUACAAGAGCGACUGCUACAAUGACGUUGAUGAGACCGAGUACGCUUGUAAAGAGAAGUACAGGAUCAUGAAACGCUUGAAGGAAUUGGAAGCUGAAAAGGUCAUCUCCAACGACGAUAUAUCACCAGAUUUGUCCCCCUAAAAAACGCUGAAUUCAUAACUAAAAAGAAAAAAUAAAUAAAUAAAUCAGUUCUCUAAAACAUUUUUUCAUACCACAUCUCUAGAGUUCCACAAAAAAGGACUGUAGAGAACAAUAUAUUUAAUAUUGGAAAUAAUUAACAAAAUAAAACAUUUAUCCCAGUAAUUUUCAUUGUCAUCUAUUCCUAACUCAGUAUAGUAAUAUCAUGUUAUAUUUGUAGUGCUUGGAUGCAAUUCUAGUAAUUUAUAACAAAAUAAUGCUGCUUGCGACGCUAACAUUCUUGAAUUAAUAAUUUUAAAUAAUCAACUAAAAACCAGUUGCUGUACCUAUAAAAUUUGUUUAUAUACAAUUGUCACGUAUUCUUACUCUAAAUGUCGAUGGAGUUUCUCCUUACUGUGGGACAAUUCUAUACCUUACUCCAUGAGUGUUCGUACAUUCCUCUAGUAAUUUCUAUCUACUCGUUUUUAUAAUUAUAUCACCGUACAAAAAUCUAUGUACACCGAAUAUGAAAAAUCAGCUGCAUUUGCGCUAACAGCUGAACCCACUGGACUCGUACGUCUAGAACAGUUGGUACGUAAUUAUCCAAGUAUAGAUAUUAUUUAUUCUUUACGAAUCUCACUGAAUCGACUUAAUCAA